CCUGUUUAAGAAUUAUAGAUAGCCACCUAGUGGUUAUAGAAAGACUUCACAACCUGUUUUCAGGAUUGUGUUUAUUAAUUUGUGUCCUGACAUCCUGACUUUGACAGCUCAGAAUGGCAUUGGGGAAUCCUCCACCAAUUAUAUCUCCACAACAGCAACUUUUGAUAAGUAUUGCUCUGAAAUGCGAAGUUUGCAUUGGUCAAGGUCACAACUGUUCUGGUAAUAUAGAAAUAUGUCCCCCAGGACACGAUUUUUGUGGUAUCACUGCAUUUGAAAGUGAAUUGGAAGAACUUCAGGCUCAGGGGAUUAUUAAGAACUGUGUUCCAUCAAUCGUCUGUGAAGGUGGUUCUGCUCAUAUUAAUCUGGGUAAAAAAAGAAGAUCAAGGACAAGUGUUUUUUGCUGUAAGGACGAUGCCUGCAAUACAGAUUUUCCAGUCAUAUUGCCAGAGUUAGAUACCAAGGUCAAUGGUCUUCGGUGCCCAGCCUGCUAUGCUUCAUUUCCUGAUUCUUGUAAGGAUGACACUGUUGAUUGCGUUGGAUCUGAAUCUCAGUGCAUUGAUUUGGCCGGAAUCAUACACUUUGAAGAGACAUCUACAAAAGUUGCCAUGAAGGGCUGCACUACCCAGGCUGUCUGUGAUGCUACCGUCGGAGGUGCAGCAACGUUUAGUCAGGCCAGUUCAGCAAUCACCAGCCUUGAAUGCACCCGGGCCAGCAGCAUGGCCAGCAGCUCUCCUGGACCAACAGGACUCUUCCUUUCAGGCAUGAUGGCCUUCCUAAUGCUGCAGCUGUAAUCCUAACUAGCCAACUGUGUUUAUGAGCAAAUGAUGGAGAUGCUAAGCCAAAGAUGCUGAUGUUUGGCUCUCUGGUAUCAUAGGUGGGCAAAUUCUGGGUGAGCUGAGCAUUAGCUCUUGGUGUAUUAAGGCCUAACCCAUUAUCAUUCUGGUUGUUUAAAGUCUUCAGCAUACAUUAAGGAAAGAGGUUAGUUAACCAUCAGUUCUGAUCUGAAUUGAUAGCAAUCACAAUGUUGUCACGGUCAUAGCAGUUGGUGUCAUACUGAUGUAUUGGCCAAAGACUGAACCAUUGUUCAUCUCUUGGGGUUAUGGUUGAUACAGUAUUUUGUCCUUCUCAUUCAAUUUGAUGGAAACGAAAGGGUGUGUGAAAAAAUGUUUGGCCAUCUAUUCAGGGCGGGCUGAAAAAUUGGAAUCCUCAGUCUUAUCUUAAUUCCCAGCUGGUUGAGCAAGUCUCAUUCUGUACUUUACGAUGAUUUCCCCAGCGGUCUGCAGCUUCCUAGCCCUUAGUGGAAUCCCAGGAGAAGAUGUAAUAUAACGAGUGAACACUCUUGAGACUUUCUUAGGUCAGAAAGCAGGGGUGCUUAGAGAUAACAUCAAUAGCCUCAGUUACCUUGCAGUGAUGAAAUGCUCUAAGAUUCUUCUAAGGGCUUUUCCCCACUCCCACUGGUCCCAUGCUACUUAUCUGUUGCUCUACUUUCACAAUAUUUCAUGAGCAUCCUCAUCGCUGCACCCUUGCGUUUCAGUGGAUGAGGAAGGAAGAGGAAGAAAGGGCCUGACUGAUCGAGGAACAGGGAAAUUGGCAUUCUAGCUUCUUCCGCUCCAUCCUCUUUGCUUCUUCACUGCAUUGUCUUCCACAAUGAUGGGGGGAAAAUAGUGACCCCUCUGGAUACUCCUGAAGUACUCAGGGCAAACGGAAAAUAAACCAAGGAAUCUGAGGACAUUGACUUCAGAUGGCAGUGGAAUAUUUCAAGAGAAGGAAGUGAGAUGAGACAGGAGUUCCCACCAAAGAGAAGUUCUCUGCUUUGCUACUGCCCUUGCUGUAUUUCGAUUAGAGCAGGAGCUGAGCUGAAAGUUAAGCUUUCCAAGCCUUUUGACAUUAUGAGAAUGAAAGGGUGCACUGAUCUGAGGCCAAUGGUGGCCCAUGUGUGGAAGGAACUGAAAGAAUCUGAGGAUGUGUUAGAAAAACGGAUGCCUUUUUUUAAGGGAGGGACAGAUUUUAGCUCAGAUUUAGUAUAAAGUGUUUCCCCUUUCACACCAAUGCUAGUUGACAGAAUCUUCUCUGCUGUGGCAAAUGUGGAUUUUGGACAGAUUUGAGUUGCUAGAUGCUGAGGUGGUUUCAUGGCUAUUGACACUAAGCCACAAAACCGCCUCUCCAUCAUUUUCCCCUGCUUAUUGUAAGGAAUGAAUAUGUAUAGGAAUUGACAUUAAACUAGAACAACCAUUUGAUUAAAUGUUUGAUUGAAUCUGGCUUCUAACCAGGUUUUUUUUUAAUUCAUUAAAGAGUGAAAUCAAUGAAAGAAACAAAACAGAGGGCAUUGAUUUAUUUCUUUCUUAAGCUUGGAGGAAGAUUUUAUUUCUUCUGCAUGUACUUUACCACCUCUUUUUAAACCUUUGAUCAAUGCAUAGUUUGAUAGAUGGCAACAAUAAUUAAUAAUGGUUUUCAGUUCUAUUUCAUAUAUUACCUGUUCUUUUCUAACACUCAGGCAAAAGCUUUAACCUGAAUGUCAUGGGCUUUAGAUACAGAAUAGUUGGCAUUUAGGGAAAAAAAGAACAUAAGGAUCUGAUCCCACAAAGUCCUGAUGGGUCCUGAUGUAAAAUGUGUGACUAUUUUCAUUCACUCAUUGCUCCAGUGGAUUCGUCAGAAUUCAUAUUUUUGCCUGAAAUGAAGCUUAAUAAUUUUUACAGCCUUGCCAUGUAGCCUUGUAAAUCUUGAGAGAACCUGGGGUUUUAGCACUGCUGCAGCUAAGUGGAUGUGGACCUGCAUACUGUACAGUGCUUGGAUUGAAAAUCAGAGGAGGCAAUGUGACGGGUAUAAAACAACAACAA